AUGUCAGUCUAUGGAGGUGGAGGCGGAGGAGGAGAUAACGGCAACAGUAUAUAUACACCAUCUGUGUGCAGAGCUUUAAACUACCAGCUGAAGCCUGAGUGGGUGAACAACAUCCUUACAGCUCAAAGAGAAGAUGAAAGCUUUAAACAGGAGUUCCUGGAGGCCCAUAACCAGUACAGGAAGCAGCAUCAAGCCCCAGAGCUGACGUACAGUGACGAGCUGUGCAGUGCUGCUCACAAGUGGGCGGCUCAUAUGCUGAGCAACAAAGCACUGGCCCACAGUGACACGGAUAAUGGGGAGAAUGUGUUUUAUUCCUAUAACUCUGACAAAAACACACCCACAGGGAAGGAGGCUGUAGACAGUUGGUACAGUGAGAUCAAGGAUUACAACUUUAACACACCAGGACAUCAGCCCAAAACAGGGCAUUUCACUCAGGUUGUGUGGAAAUCAUCCACAGAGCUCGGAGUAGGUCUGGCUACUGAUGGAAACACAGUUUAUGUCGUUGGUCAGUACAAACCUGCUGGAAAUAUAACCAACGCUGGUUACUAUGAGGAAAAUUUUCUACCUAAAACUGAAUAA